AAGUUUGCGCCAAAUUUUAUUGGACACUUAGUUUAUUGUUUUAAAAUAUAAUGCAAGCAUUUUUAAAAACAGGAAAGUCCAAUACUGGCAGCAAUGCCACAGAUAAAACAUCAGUGAAUGUGCCAGUGGAGCGUCGCAAACCUCCAGCCCCUUGGGUAGAAAAAUACCGUCCGCGAAGCGUAGACGAUGUUGUAGAACAAUCUGAGGUGGUGGCCGUCCUGCGCAAAUGUGUCGAAGGAGCUGACUUGCCUAAUAUGCUGCUUUAUGGUCCUCCAGGCACAGGCAAGACUAGUACUAUUUUAGCGGCAGCUCGACAGAUCUUUGGUGAUAUGUACCGCGAACGUAUACUAGAAUUAAAUGCGUCCGAUGAGCGUGGUAUUAAUGUGGUGCGCACGAAAAUUAAAAACUUCGCGCAGUUGACUGCGAGCAAUGUACGCCCAGACGGCCGACCAUGUCCACCAUUUAAAAUUAUUAUAUUGGAUGAGGCUGACUCAAUGACACAUGCAGCUCAGGCUGCCCUGCGUCGCACAAUGGAAAAGGAAAGUCGCAGCACACGCUUCUGUCUCAUAUGCAAUUAUGUUUCACGCAUCAUUGUGCCGAUUACCUCGCGUUGUUCCAAGUUUCGUUUCAAGUCGUUGGGCGAAGAAAAGAUUAUUGGCCGGCUGCAGCAUAUUUGUGAGCUGGAAGGCGUAAAAAUCGAACCAGAUGCAUUCAAAUCCAUUGUGCAGAUUUCCGGUGGUGAUAUGAGACGUGCCAUAACCACAUUGCAGUCAUGUUAUCGUCUCAAAGGCCAAGAGCACACAAUAAAUACAGAUGAUCUAUUUGAGAUGUCUGGCAUUAUACCAGAACAUUAUUUAGAAGACUAUCUAGAAAUUUGUCGAUCAGGCAAAUAUGAGCGUUUGGAGCAAUUUGUACGAGAAAUUGGCUACUCUGCCUACAGUGUGGGCCAAAUGUUAGAUCAGUUUGUUGAAUUCAUAGUUCGCUGUGGUACACUAACCGACAAACAGAAAGCGAUUAUCUGCGACAAGCUUGGGGAAGCUUGUUAUCGACUGCAGGAUGGUGGCUCGGAAUAUUUACAGAUCAUGGAUCUAGGCUGUACUAUUAUAUUAGCGCUUAAAUAAUCCUCCCUUUUAUACAUUCUAAGCUUGCAAAUUUUAAAUUUGCCAAUUAUA